AUGAAGUCCCAAAUCCUCCUCGUCGUUGCCGCCGCGCUCGUGCCCCUGUCGCUGGCUGACAAGCCCAAGCUGAACCAGUACAGCAGUCUGGAUGACUGCCAAAACGACAAGAACAUUCUCUUCCACGCCGCCCCCGUCUCGGGCCGGUGCUACAACCUCGACGACGCCACCGCCGCCUUUUUCUGGAACACCGGCGGCAUGCUGAACCCCAGAGUCUUCACUGGCAAGGACUGCAACGGCAUCGAGGACCCGCUCUCCACCGAUGGCCGCUGCAUGGAGAAGGGCAAGUACAACUCCUACCGUUGCUCGUAG